AUGGGGCCGCGGUGGCUGCUGCUCUGGGCCGCGGGGCUCGGCCUGUGCAGCCCCCUGGUGUCGGCCCGCACCCGAGGCCCCGGAACAGAGUCAGAAGCAACAAACGGUACUCUGGGUCCCCGGUCUUUCUUUCUGAGGAAUCACGAUGACGGGUAUGAACCCAUCCCACUGCCAGAUGACGGGGACUCCAGUGAAGGUGAAUUCGCAGAAGAGAGAUUAAGCUCAGGCAACAGAAGCAGCCCUCCUCAGAAGCCAUCCCUUCCGUUUAUCUCCAGUGCCGCCUCGGGAUAUCUGACCAGCGCCUGGCUGACCGUCUUUGUCCCCUCGGUCUACACGGGCGUGUUCCUCGUCAGCCUCCCCCUGAACAUCGUGGCCGCGCUGGUGUUCGUCCUGAAGAUGAAGGUCAAGAAGCCGGCCGUGGUAUACAUGCUGCACCUGGCCGUGGCAGACGUGCUCUUCGCGUGCGUGCUUCCGUUCAAGAUCAGCUACUACUUCUCCGGGAGCGACUGGCGGUUCGGGCCGGCCCUGUGCCGCUUCGUCACGGCGGCCUUCUACGGGAACAUGUACGCCUCCAUCAUGCUCAUGACGGCCAUCAGCGUCGACCGCUUCCUGGCCGUGGUGUACCCCAUCCAGGCGCUCUCCUGGCGGACCCUGGGGCGCGCCUCCCUCAUCUGCCUGGCCGUCUGGGCCGCGGCCAUCGCGGGCGUGCUGCCCCUGCUCCUGCAGGAGCAGGCCGCCCGCGUGCCGGGGCUCAACAUCACCACCUGUCACGACGUGCUCAGCCAGACCCAGCUGGAGGGCUACUACUCCUACUACUUCUCCGCCUUCGCCGCCGUCUUCUUCUUCGUGCCCCUGGGCCUUGCCACAGUCUGCUACGUGUCCAUCAUCCGAUGCCUCAGCUCUUCCACGGUUGCCAACCAGAACAAGAAGUCCCGGGCUCUGCUCCUGUCCGCGGCUGUCUUCUGCGUCUUCAUCCUUUGCUUUGGACCUACAAACGUCCUUCUGCUUCUCCACUACGCCUUCCUUUCCCCCGAUUCCGUGACAGAGGCUGCCUACUUUGCCUACCUCCUGUGCGUCUGUGUCAGCAGCAUAAGCUGUUGCAUCGACCCCUUGAUAUACUACUAUGCUUCCUCCGAGUGCCAGAGGCACCUCUCGGCGAUCUUACGCUGCAAAGAAAGUGCAGAUCCCAGCAGCUGUAACAGCAGCGGGCAGCUGAUGCCAAGUAAACUGGACACCUGCUCCACUAACCUGAGUAGCAGCCUGUACAAAAAGCUCUUAACUUAG